AUGGCUGUUGCUAAUCGUGAAGUUGUAAAAACUAUAAAUAUGCAUAGCCACGAACCAUCUGCAGCUAAAGUAGCAGCGGAUAAAAUCGUUACAAAAAUUAAGAAAAGAGCUAUAGAAACACAAGAAUCGACAUUUCAAGUAAUUAACGAAUGUACCCAGUAUAGUGAUGUCACUUUUCAAGGAGCUCUCCUCAAUCAACAAGCGUUAAAGAAGCUAUAG